AUGUUCAUGAUGAUAUUAUUACCACCUCUGGUCUCGGGAAUUGAUCUGGAGACCUUAAGAUGGACAAUGGCCCAACAGUUGACCCUGAAUAACAUUCAAUUACCAGGUUACGAUGUGCUUGAUCAAAUUGGGGAAGGAACUUUUGGUUUAGUCGUUAAGGCUCGCCAACGAAGACUGCCUCGAAUGUUGGUAGCAAUAAAGAAGCUUAUUAACAGUGAUUCCUCACAGGGGUUUCAUAUUACGUCCAUACGAGAGAUUGUUGCUUUGAAAGCAUUAAAACAUAAGAACCUACUCCAGGUCCUCGAGGUUGUGUCGAUAAUGGAUGACAAAGCCGCCAAUAAUAGCGACCCAUUUGACACAUUUCUCGUGCUUCCUUACAUGGCCUGUGAUUUGGCCGGGGUCAUCUCGAACUUGACAAUCACUUUGAAGGUGCCGGAAAUCAAAAACUUCAUGCUACAAAUCCUAAAUGGCUUAAGCUACCUUCAUAACAAUAAAUUUAUCCAUAGAGACAUUAAAACCGCCAAUAUUCUAAUAUCCAGGAACAACUUGUUGAAAAUUGCCGAUUUUGGGCUCACUCGAAAAUAUCAGGGACCAGCCCCCGUCAAAAACGAAGGUCAUGGUGGUGGGUUACAUCCAAUGACCAAUCUUGUGGUGGCACGAUGGUAUAGGGCGCCAGAGCUUCUAUUGGGAGAAAGAUGUUAUACCACAUCCAUUGAUUUAUGGGCGGUGGGUUGCAUAUUUGGGGAAUUUUAUAUUAGGAAACCAUUGCUAACAGGUUCGUCUGAUUUGGAUCAAUUGAAUGAGAUUUUCAAAUUGGUUGGGUCGCCAACAAAGGGUAGAAUGCCGUUAUUUGAUAAGUUAAUGGAAGAGAAAUUACUAAAUAAAUAUUCUAACGGUAAUAAAAACAUGGAUAUUCUUGACCUGAAGAAAUUGAAAUUGAAAUUGGAAGGAAAUUUGGUGACCAAGUUCGGUUCUACAAAUAUGGAUCCAAUCGCCAUGUCAUUAUUCACUAAAUUGCUAACCCUUGACCCAAACAAGAGAUUCAACGCCUACAAUGCAAUGAAUCAUGAUUGGUUUAAAACGGACCCGCUACCUUGCAAACGAGAAAAUAUCCAACCAUUAGAAUCCCGCCAUGAGCUUGAUAUAAAAAAGGAGAGAUUGGCCAGACAGAAGCAGCAACUUCUUGUACCGCCUCAAGCAGCAAAUAGUAAUAGCCAAGCUAGCCCAAAUUCAAUUAAGAAACUGAGAUCAGACAAUAUAUUGGAUUAUCUUGGAGUGGAUGAACUUUUUAACAAGCCCAAGUUUCAGAAUCCCUUAGGAAAUAUUAGAAGUAGAAGCAAUAGCAAUAAUAGUGACACGUCAACUAGCAGAUUUAGAAGCAACAGUAACAACUCGAUGAAAGGCCUAAUCCCCAAAUCUAAAAUGUUCUCACGCGACCAGAAAAAUGAUUCUACGAAAAAAUUGCUACAUCCGCCAGGAACCAAAAAUCAAGAGAAUUUGCCGCAAUUGCAGGACUUGGAAGCCAGGAGAGGUCAAAAAUAUCUUCAGCCAUCAUCACGUUCAAAUUCAGGCUUGCCAAAAAAUGAUUUGUCGUCUGAUUCCCCAUGUCAUUCCUACAAUUCUUUGAACUCCAAUGGUGCAGCUCACAACAUAUUCACAAACUCCAACAGAAGCUUAGAUAGUAUUGCACUAAAAUCCCAAAAAACUACAGCUCAACCCCCGUCAUCGUCUUUAUCACAAUCUUUUAAGCAUAUUGCAAAUAGCGCCGUAUCUCCUUCUACUGCUACUGCUAUUUCACCUCCAUUAAAGUUGAAUCUUAGAAAUGGAUUUACUAAUGAUAGUAAUGCAAUUGACCCUGAUCUUCGAAACCCUGAUAAUAUAACCUCAUCACAAACCAUCAGAUGGAAUGGAUCAGAGUUAAAUAGUACAACCAACCCACUUAGCACAGGCUCUUUAAUAUCACCAUCUAUGGAAAGGCUCUCCAACACUCAUGGGGGAUACCAUAUUGGAGAUAAUGAUUUAAGACCAAAGAAACUCACAAAAGCGGGAAGUGAACAUUUCGUACAAUCAUCAAAUGGGAGUGCUGUUGAAUCAGAAUUACCUUCAACUAGACUGGCUCAUAAAUUAAAGUUUGAAGCUUUCAUACCUAAAAAAGGAAUGUUGAUUCAAAAAGAUUCCUGUAAUAGUGAUGAUGGCACAAUGAUUAAUGGUGGUACUAAUAAUAAUAAUCCUGCAAAUUUGAGCUCAUUAUCUUCCCAGGGAUUGCCUCGUGAUUUGUCUUCGAACUCCGUUUCUGUCGUAUCCAGUUUGCCUAAUUUCAAUUUCCACACUCGUAAUAAAUCUCAAGCGAGUGCCAAGUCAUUAAAUCUAAAAUUGUUGAAUCCGGCUAUCGUAUUGAAAACCAAAAGAAGUGGCAGUACCAAUUCCAUGGAUGAUGCUGAAUCUUACUAUUCAACCUCAUCUCAAGUUGGUUUCAUGAGUGAUGCAGUGUCUAAUGCCAAUAUUAUAGAAGAACCGGUGAUUCAUCAAGUUGGCAAUAUCAAUAAAAAGAUGAGUGAUGAAGCGGAUAAAAGAGUCUAUUGGAAGAAUGACUAUAAUGAUGCAAAUAGUAGUUUCCACAGUCAGCAGGCCUCUGUGGGUAAAUACUCACCUAACAAAUCUUCCAAUGUUCUUGAUAAAUCUGAGGCUUCUAAGAGUUCAAAUGCCCCAAUUGAUGAAGAUUAUGAGCUUAGCGAAACUCCAAAAGUUAAUGGUCUUGGAAUCCUUCCUAAAAAGAAAGAUGGAUCAAAUUUAACUUCCACACCAUUAUCGAUGAUUCAUCACAUCGAUUCUGAUUUGUAUUUUCGAUCUGCCAAAUCGUUGUUUAUGGAACCCACUCCAGAAAAUAAGUCCUGUAACCUUGAAAGCUUGGAUGGCCCAAUAACUGCUGCUGCGGCUAUUACUCCUUCAAAGCUUAGAAGAAGUGACUCAGUGGGAAACCUUGCAAGUAUAUUGAAACUUGCGAUGUCAGAGUCAGCACCCUCCACGAUGGCACCAUCUAAAGUCAUCAAUGACCCAAUUAAAACUGAUGUUUCCAAGAAAUUAAAUAUAGCAAUCACGGCGUCAACACAUAAUACUUUCAGUUCUACCAAAGAAAUCUCUAAUUUGAGUGAGGGUUGCUCCUCGGAACUCAAUGAUACCAAAUUGCCACAAUCUUCUAGAAGCUCAUUUUUUUUCAAGCUCAAAAAAUCUAGUACUCCAAAUAACAAUAACCCAACUGUUGACUCACAUCCGUACAAAAAUUUCACCAAAAUGAUUCUGGAGGAAUCAACUAACACCAUCUCCAGUGGAGAGAAAAAAUCUCAUCCUUACAAGAACUUUGGAUUUGGAUGA